AUGAAUACUAAAGCUUUCUCGCUUCUAUUGCUUGUGGUAAUGACGGUCGUGGCUACGACUAUUGGACCACCGGAGGAGGUGGCUACGGUGGGAGGAGGACGGAGAAGCUUGACGACGGAGAAGAUAGCCGGAGAAGACGUUGAGGCCGAUGUGAAUAACCACCAUAGCAUUCCAAGGGAGUCAUGGGAUGAUAAUGAUAAUAAUCCAUGA